CCGGCCCUCGCCGCUCCCCCGCCCCCCCCGGCCCGCACCAGCGCCGUCGGCCCGCCAGCGGCUCGGGGGACGGCUGAAGGCCGGGCCCGGGGACCACCAUGGCGGCCGCCUUGGGCGCGGGCGGAGGAGCAGGCGCUGGAGAUGAUGACUUUGACCAGUUUGACAAGCCUGGUGCAGAACGGUCCUGGAGAAGAAGAGCUGCUGAUGAAGACUGGGACAGUGAACUGGAAGAUGACUUGCUUGGAGAAGAUUUACUGUCUGGCAAAAAGAAUCAGUCGGAUUUGUCAGAUGAAGAGCUGAACGAUGAUCUUUUACAGAGUGAUAAUGAAGAUGAAGAAAAUUUCAGUUCUCAGGGUGUCACUAUCAGCCUGAAUAAUACCUCUGGCAUAGUUACUUCAUUUGAGCUGUCUGACAAUACUAAUGACCAAUCCGGAGAACAGGAAUCUGAGUAUGAACAAGGAGAGGAUGAGCUAGCCUACCACAAACCUGAGGAGCAAGAACUGUAUGCUCAAGAGUACUCAGAAGAAGGACAGUAUGAAGGCCAUGAUGCAGAAUUGACAGAAGACCAAAUAGAAUAUGGGGAUGAGCCAGAGGAGGAGCAGCUGUACAACGAUGAAGUGCUGGACAUCGAAAUCAAUGAACCUUUAGAUGAAUUUACAGAUGAAGAAUACUUGCAGGCUUAUGGUGGGCAACAAGGGCUGCAAGUGCGGGAAGACUGUGAGGCUGAAGAUGACUUAGAUGAGAUUACUGAUUCCCAGGUUGCUUCUGAGACCCACGAGGGAGGAAUGGAAACCCUGGAACUCCAGAAAGACAUAAAAGAAGAAUCAGAUGAAGAAGAUGAUGAUGAUGAAGAAUCUGGACGACUGCGUUUUAAAACUGAAAGGAAAGAAGGAACAAUUAUUAGGCUCUCAGAUGUAACUAGAGAGAGAAGGAACAUUCCAGAAACAUUGGAGCUUUCAGCAGAAGCCAAAGCCGCAUUGCUUGAAUUUGAAGAAAGAGAGCGGCAGCAUAAGCAAGGUCGCUAUGGUUCCCGGCGGGGAGGACGGCGAGGAGGCUCUCUGAUGUGCCGUGGAAUGGGAGACCAGAGACGAGAGAACAGUGACAGGGGAAGGAUGAAGGAGCACAGGCCUGCCCUGCUUCCUACACAGCCUCCUGUUGUGGCUCACUCUCCAAGAUUAAUCCCUCCUCCACAGCCACAGCCUCCUCCUCCACCACCACCACCUCAGCAGCAGCCAAUCAGAAGUCUGUUCCAGCAGCAGCAGCUACAGCCUCUACUUCCUUUACAGCACCCGCAUCACCCAUCCCCACCGCAGGGAGUGCACAUGCCCCCCCAGAUCGAGACUCCAAGGAUGAUGCUGACCCCUCCCCCAGUGACUCCUCAGCAGCCCAAGAACAUCCAUAUCAAUCCACACUUCAAGGGGACAGUGGUGACCCCUGUUCAAGUGCCCUUGCUGCCAGUUCCGAGCCAGCCGAGGCCUGCUGUGGGACCCCAAAGAUUCCCAGGCCCUCCAGAAUUUCCACAGCACACCCCUGGACCUGUUCCCAGCAAUUUUAAUCAGCCACCUCGACUCCCUCUCCAAGACCAGUGGAGAGCCCCGCCCCCACCUCAGGAACGAGACCCUUUCUUCUUGGGAGUUUCAGGUGAACCAAGGUUCCCCAGUCAUCUUUUUUUGGAACAGCGAAGCCCUCCUCCACCACCACCUCCUCCCACGCUCCUGAACAGCAGCCAUCCUGUCCCCACUCAGAGUCCUUUACCGUUCACUCAGCCUGGACCAGCGUUUAAUCAGCAAGGACAGCAGCCAGUGUUCCCUAGAGAGAGGCCUGUAAGACCAGCCCUGCAGCCCCCAGGCCCAGUAGGGAUUCUGCACUUUAGCCAGCCAGGGUCAGCAACUGCCAGGCCUUUCAUUCCUCCUAGACAGCCGUUUCUACCCAGCCCAGGACAGCCGUUCCUGCCUACACAUGCACAGCCUAACCUUCAGGGACCCUUGCAUCCUCCGCUGCCACCACCUCAUCAACCGCAGCCGCAGCCUCAGCAGCCACAGCAGCAGCCCCAGCAUCACCAGCACCAGCCACCCCUGCAACCUCCCCUCCAGCCUCCUCACCAGCCUCCCCCACAGCAUCAGCCUCCCCCUCAGCAUCAGCCACAACAGCACCAGCAUCAUCACCACCUUUCUGCUCCUCCUCCUCCUCUGAUGCCCAUGUCUCAACCUCAGUUCAGGCCGCAUGUACAGACUGCCCAGCCUCAGCCCAACAGCAGUCGGAUGCAGUGCACCCCACGUCAAGGGCUACGACAUAGCGCAGCAUCUCAGAAUAUAAGCAAACGACCCAUGCAGCAGAUGCAACCUACUGCUCCCAGAAACAGCAAUCUGCGUGAACUCCCCAUAGCACCUUCACAUGUAUUGGAAAUGAGUGGGAAUCGCUGCUCCUCUACACCUGCCGCUCAGGUGAAGCCCAUUGUGAACACAUCCCCACCCUGUAGGGCUGUGGUGGCUUCCAGGAGCUCACAGGGAAAGACUGAUGCAAAAGUCAAGCCACUUAGUCCUGGCCCUCAAGCUAAGGAAGAAGCAAAAGCAGAACCAGAGUUUCCUGAUGAAGAUGAAGAGACAAGGUUAUAUCGCUUAAAGAUAGAAGAGCAGAAGCGUCUGAGAGAAGAAAUCCUAAAGCAGAAGGAGUUACGAAGGCAGCAGCAGGCUGGUGCCAGAAAGAAAGAGUUACUGGAAAGACUUGCACAACAGCAACAGCAGCAACAGCAGCAGCAGCAACAGCAGCAGCAGCAACAGCAACAGCAACAGCAGAUCUAUGGCUCACAGACCCCCAUGGAGCAAGAGGAGCUGGCAGCUACGCCAUCGCCCACUAAUGGUAACCCAUUGUUGCCCUUUCCAGGGGCACAGUGCAGGCAGAAUGUGAAAACCAGACUUCUUGUUAAAAACCAAGAUGUCACCAUUGCUAAUGUUCAGCCCAAAGCAGUAAACUUUGUCCCGCCUGGUGCUAACAUGCAGCAUCAAGGGCAGCAUGUGAGAUCACUGAAGCAUCUGCGACAGCUGCCACACAAAGUCCUCCAAGUCAAACCUAUGGAAGUGGAGGAGACCCCCCACUCCCCACAGGCAGCCAGAGUGACAUCCCUCCAGGGCCGGCCUCAGGACACCAAGCCAGGGGUGAAGAGGACUGUCAUGCACAGGGCCAACAGUGGAGGUGGUGGAGAUGGGCCACAUGUCAGCUCCAAGGUCAGGGUGAUUAAGUUGUCUGGAGGGCAGGGAGGAGAGAGCGAUGGCUUUUCUCACACAGAGGGCCAGCCCCAGCGGCUUCCCCAGCCUCCAGACAUGAGACAGCAGCCUACCCGCAAGGUGACGCUGACCAAGGGGGUUCCUCAGCAGCCCCAGCACCUUUCUGUGGGGCCGCACAUGUACCCGGCUAUUCCUCCAGGGAUCAAAAGCAUCCAAGGGAUUCACCCGGCCAAGAAGGCCAUCAUGCAUGGACGAGGCCGAGGAGUGGCAGGUCCCAUGGGCCGGGGUCGCCUAAUGCCAAAUAAGCAGAACCUUCGAGUGGUGGAGUGCAAGCCACAGCCCUGUGUGGUAUCUGUGGAAGGGCUAUCCUCAUCCACUACUGAUGUCCAGCUGAAGAGCCUGCUGAUGUCCGUGGGCCCCAUCCAGAGUUUACAGAUGCUUCCACAGCAGCGGAAAGCCAUAGCAAAGUUCAAGGAGCCAGCCCAUGCACUAGCAUUUCAGCAGAAAUUCCACAGGCACAUGAUUGAUCUGUCCCACAUAAAUGUGGCCCUGAUUGUGGAGUGAUCUUGAAUGGAAAAAUCUGACCUCAUGCUGCACACACUGUGGAAUUUCUUCAAGGAAGCUAUAGGUCGGCUCAAGGUCCCCAGAAGUAUAGGUUUCUCCGGUCUGCAGUUUGCCAACUUGUCUGCGCGCCAGCCAGCCACAGGGUGAUUCCAGAAGAAAGUUAAACUGGUGGACAUGGGAUUGGAGUCUGGUGUUAGAUUGUUUUGAAUUCUGUUGUCCACAAGAACUCUGUUCUCAUGUUCUUUUGUUUCCAAGUGCUUACAAUGCAUGUAGACUUUGUUCUUCGUGAUACUACUAUGUGAUUGGUCACAGAGUCUUAGAUUCAGGAAAGAACGUUACCAGCUCAAAUUCCAAGGAUUUUUCCAGAACAAAGAAUAUUUGAUAAUGGUUGCACUUAUCUUCAGUACAGGAUAGAAAAGAGUUCUCAACCAGGCUUAACUGGAGUGGCCUCAGAAAGCCCUCACAAGCUCUGGCAAAACAUAGAUAAAAAUUCGGGUGAUUAUGAUUGACACCUGCCCUGGAAAGCUGGGGUGUGAAAUGGGUGUCUGGGAAUGGUGCCAUGGAAGUGGCAAUUCUGCUUCUUGUAAAUACCUCCAAAGUGCCACCUGUUUCAGCAGAAACUCAGAUGGGCACAGUGUUAGGCAAGCACAGGGCACUCCAGAGCCAGUGGCUCUGCCACCCUGCAGGCAGCCCUCUCGGCCUAGUUUUCUGGCAUAGGUUGAGGCACAGCUUGAAGGGUGGUCAGACCUGCUUGGGCUUCUCCGCUUUUUAAUGCCCUAGCUCUGUGGCGUGUGCUGUCAUUGCUUUGAUUACCUCGCUGUCCUUUAGGGCUGAGUUUCCUUUGGGUUACCCUUCUAUCACAUGUGUGAGGGAUGGAUUUCUCAGCAGGACUGACACUGCCCAAAAUAACUGUAUCUGUCCACAUUAGUCUUUUGGUCAAUUCCAGCAGGUGAGACUUGCGUUCUACAAAGCAUCCCUUGGAAGUCCAUGCCGGGCAGACACUGAACACGGUGCCUUAAAAUGUUUCCCCCAUGAAUGCUUCAGUGUUUGGGACAUACUAAAAAAUGGACAAUGACAUUAGGACACACUCAGGACUUUUUAGUUUUAUUUUAUACCUGUAAUUUUAUCUCACAUAUCUUAGUAGGGCGGAGAGAGAGAGAGAGAGAGAGAGAGAGAGAGAGAGAGAGAGAGAGAGAGAGAGAGAGAGAGAAAUCUGUUUUCAAUUACUGUUGCUGGGUAAUGAGAAGUAGGCACAGGACUUCAAGCUGGCUUCCACAGCUGAAGUUUUCCAUUAUUUGUUCAAUUAAGUUGCCAGUGGUAUUCAAGGCUCCAUGAAAAUUUGCAUAGGACUGAUUCUGAGAUGACAUUAAUGUGCUGGCAAGGAGCACUGGGGGAAUACAGUGGUUGUUUGGGUUCUAGGCAAUUGAGAGGCGUUCAUAGGAUGUCUUAGAAGACCUUGUGUUAUGGUGCCACCUCUGACGCAAAGCUUCUGUCUUGCCCCCUGACAGGUGCACUAAGGGCCAGCUCUGUGGGGUCUGUAGCAUGUUUGGCCCCAGCCCAUCCAAGUGCUAUCAACUGGUCGCCCCACUGUCGUUCCCACCUACUGCACUUAGACACAGGGGUUGUUGAUAGUUAUUUUUCUAAAUUGCUGAGUUUGGUAAUAUGUUAGCUCUAGUAGGAUGAGAUGGAGGCUAUGUAGGAGGUUGAGGAUAGGACAAAUGAGUUUAACAAGCUUGCUUCUUUUUCAAAUAGUUUUGAGUGCUGGACCUUUAAAACCCAAAUCUGCAUUUUUGUUUGAAAAGUAGGCACUGAGGCAUUGAAGUCAGUUAAGGAAACAUCCUCAUCAACACCACUGUUCACCACUGGCCUCAGGGCCGCUUCAAGUGUGAUGAGGUACCCAGGAGCAUGUGUGUCCCUUAACUGUCUGCACACAUGAGCUUGUGAAACCAGCACUGCUUAGAACAGCCACUCACUCUGACCUUGAUAUGCAUACACCGGGAGUGGACCGUCAGACCUCCAAGCUAGUCCUAAAGGCUUAGCUUCUGUGAAGGAGACCACAGAAAGGAAAAGAAGCAGAAUUAGAAAGAAUGUUCCCCACUUGCAGUGCACUUCUCACAGUGAAGUCAAACCACCCCCCGAACUCAAACCGUGGAAGAUCUGCUGCAACCAUUAUCUCUGUUCUUUCUUUAUCAUGCAUUUAAAAUGAGAUGAAAAAGCAUUAGCGUACUGUGUAAAUACGGACCUUUUAAGAUUAAAACGUUAUUGAAAAUGCUUUCAACUCAAACAGUAACAUCUUAGCUAUUUGUUAGUUCUUUUUUGUUGUCUUAUCAAAGUUUAAUGGAGACACUUUCAUAAUUGUUGUUGUGUGUACAUUCGAUUUUCAUAAAGAUGGUAGUGAGUCAAUACAUUAACCCUCAUCUGUGUAUUAUUUGUUCUCAAGUUCUAGGAGGUUGAAGGAAUGACUCUCCCAUCUGUCCUGAGGUAGAUAGUAGGGGGAGGAGACAAGUUACUUUCCCUCUCUUUGCCUUGUUUAUUUUGUGCUGUAAUGAAUGUGAGUUCACUUAGCUGCUUACCUGAACAUAACCUUAUGUUGCCCUUGGCUUGGCCACAUUUGUUAAAUCCUUAUAUUUAUACUCUUUUUGAGGGGGAUAUCUCACCUUUUCUUUUCCAAAAGAGAGUCUGAGGCAAACCCCCACCCCAGCCCCCACCCAAUCCAAAUAGGCAGCUUCUUGUGCAGGUUCUGCGCCCAGGCCUUGCUGUGGAGGAGCGUGGCUGGAUGGGGUGGGAGGUGGGUUUUCCAUAACCAUUUUCAUCUGGGUAGUUCUCAUGUGAUGUGCAAAGCUCAGGGAUGGUUGUAUGAAUCAGGAGAGAGCUUAGGUCCGAGCCCCAGUGGUCAUUUUCCCCCACCCAGGUAGCAUUCUGCCUGAAGCAGGUAGAAGGCUUUGCUGCUCAUGGAAGCUGGCAGGGUACCUAAAGGGCAUGGGAGGGAGGACUGGACUGGAGAGUGGUCUGGUGGGUGAGGAGAGUCUUACAGGAUGGAUGUCAGUGAUGUUCACUGAUGGACCCCAGAGGUGGUCCACAGAUGGGCACAUGAAAGAAUUCUCAGGGUGACAUAGACUAGGUGAAGGGUCUUGGAGGACUAGGCUUAAGGACUAUCCCUGUCUUCUGUCUUUUGGUUUUUGUUUUGUUGUUUGUCUUUUAUUUCCUUGUGGCAUUAUUGGGAAGGUAAGCUUGAUGUAGACCAUUGAAUGACACUAUGUAAAGAUAGGUCCUAGUGAGAAGAGCACUAGCCCAAGGGGUCCAUGCAGUAACUAAGUAUUGUUCUUAGUCAUCAUUGGGUACUCCGAGGCUCUUCUCUGGGUCCUCUGACCCAAGAUCAAAUGCAGGAGUCAGGAAGCACAUCCCUGUGCCAGAGCUAUAGGCCACAUUGGGUGGCUCUGUUGAUUGCUGUUUCCUUUCCUAAGAAUCAGCUUUAAUUCCCGCCUCCUGCUUGUUAGACCCAGCUCUGGCUUUGCAUCCUCACUCUCAUGCUUAGUUUCUUUGGUUUACUCAGAGAGGAAGAUGAGGCCAGGGAGACUUGACUCCUGUGCUCUGCAAAGGAGCUAAUAAGGUGCAGGGUAGACACAAACAAGACCCAUCCCCACAGGGGAAGCCACUAAAGCUUAGCUCAGUUAUGACAGAACCUUAGAAACGUCACCAUGUUUAAUGAUACUGCAGUGAUGGCUUGCGUAUUUUAAAUUUUAUGAUGUGUUGUUUUUAUAUUCUUAAAUAUAAACUGAAAAGGCCUUUUAGCCUUGAUUUAUUAAAUCCUAAGGAUUUUCUGUAAGUUUUUUUGUUUGUGUUUAGUUUUGUUUUGCUAAACUUGGAAAGGCACUUAGCCUUGAUUUAUUAAAUCCUAAGGAUUUUCUGUAAGGUUUUUGUAACCUAUUCCGUUUUUAUCACUUAAAAUGCCUAACUUCUUAGAUACACAAGCCCAUGGCUUUGUGUACUAGAACCAGAGCAAUCCACUGAUUCAUAUUGGAUCCCAGGUAUACUGCCUGCUGGUAUCAGGUGUCAGAAAGGGGCACCUGUUAGGUAUCUCACCUGACUUUCCUAGACAGUGCCGAUCAGCUAACUCUUUCUAUCGUGUGUUGGUAGGACGAGCUGAAAGGACAAGUACUUGCACUGAGAAGAGCUCUCCUUUCCCCUUAGACAUGCAGUAGAAGAGGUUGGUUCACUUUACUGAUUUUUCAAAGGUUUGUGGGAAAAUUCAGGUGCUUUAGAGAGAAACUUGUGUAGUUUGGGGCAGAUAGGUGCAUGUUACUGUAUUCUGUAUCAAAAAGUUUAAUAUGCUCUAGUUGAUAGGCCUCUUGACCUUCUUAUGUAACUUUCUGCUAAACUGCUUUUCAUUUUAAGGACACGUGCGGCGGAGGCUGGUUUGGGGACUAACACAUUUUGCAUUCUGCAUUGUUGUCUUAAAGCACACACAUUGUAGACAGCAUGUUGCACCCAGCCCACACUGACUGGCCGCCGAGGAGCAGAUAACCACUUGUUCUUAACUUUUUACAGGUGUGGUGGGAUCCAGAGCUGUGUCCUGUGUGCAGACUUCCUUCCUUGGCUUUAAUUCCACUGUUUAAUUUGCAGGUGCAGCAUUGAUGGUGUGUGUUCCUUUUAAGAGCUUCUGAUGUUCUCUUCUCUUCUCCCACUAUUCAGUCCACUGUCCUGCCCUGGCUGGGGCUCUGGCUCCCUCUUUACCUUCAGCUUCUCUUCCCUAUUGUUCACACCUGAGGUGUUGUCACUGUUCCCCCACCCAGUGAUUCUCCUGUCUGCAUGCUCUCUGUCUCCACCUCCAUGGUUUCCACACCUGCAGUGGCCACUGAUACUCACUUGAGUCAGGCUCCCUCUUGCAGGAGGGAACAGUGUGGAUGUCUGCACCAGGGCCUCAUCUCCAGUUUCUCUAACCCUUUUGCCUUGACAGAUCUUUCCUUGGGAUUUACUCCUCCAGAACCUGAAUUGGAGAGCCUGACCUUUUGCUUGUUAUUUUGCAGUUUGACUCUGGGCUUAUGCCAGUGACUUUCAGCUGUGGUCUGCAUGUCAUUAACGACCCCUCUCUGUUUUUACCCCUCUACCUUUGCAGGACCCAGGGCGUGGGUCAGUGUUAGUGGUAGCGUGCUCUCAUUCGCUUGGAAGUGGUGGCCGUGUGGCCGUUAAACUGCCCUUGCUGAUAUGGCCCUCAUCGUCAUGUAAUGUGUGUGCCUCGCUGCUGUGCAGGCAGCUUGGAGUGCAGGCUCUGUUGCUGGGAGUGCGCUGACUGCUUAGAAACCACGAGACACCGCCUUGCUUUCCUCUGGCCUCACUGUUUCUGCCAGUCGCGUGCCCUUCCCCUAUGAGUGACACUGUCAUGCUUUACUCCAGUUUUCCUUUGCAUUAACCACGUGGGAACUCUUGCAGGCUGUAUAUGUGAAGAAUAGUAGUGACAUAGGUGAAAAGAAAAUGUAUUGUUGUGUGUAUCAUUUGUGUGGUUUCAUAGCAAAAAAAAUGUGUUUCAGCUGUAUUGUAACCAAAAGUUCUGUCAAUAAAAUAUUAGAGGUUCUCCUGUC